CUAAAUUAAAAUGACCCUGCCUGCACAUACAGAGCGUUCAUUUACAUCUUCGGUAAUCAACAACAUCCGCCGCCUCAUGGAUGCCCAAGUCAUCGUCGUCCUCUCGGUGUCCAAGGCUGUGGCUACAGCUCUGCUCCGCAGCUAUAAUUGGAACGUCAACAGAUUUCACGAGGAGUGGUUCGCCGACGAGGAGAAAGUGCAGAAGGAGCUGGGUAUGGGUAUCGUGUGGGCCCAGUGAGAGCUCCAUUUUAUUUGGUACCGGAGAAAUUAUAUUGAAAUCACCUGCGCAAGUUAUCACCGGAACAGUCAGCGACAUGAGUCCACCCAACCUCCUAGUGUCUUCUUCUUCUCCCUCUUUUUAUUCUUCUUCAUCCGCUGCCUCCCUUUAACGAGUAUCUUUAUGGUACGAUGAAUGUUGAUAGCUUUUUUGUCUUGAUUUACUUUUUGUUUUUGUUUUACCUUUUCUCUUACUUUUCAAUUUAUUAUUAAUGAAUUUAGUUUUGGUUUUUUAAGUUUUUUAUGCUCCGUACUACGUUUUACUCCGUAUUUUGCAAAUUCAUCUAAUGAAUUUGAUUUUCUGCAAAAAGUUUAUUAUUUAUUUUGACAAAUCUUUUUCAUUGACAAUGAAAUGAUAAACAUUAUCAUGAAAAACAUUAUCAGUGCUAGUAAUGUUGCUGGACGGAUUUUCUAGUUGAUGCUUUGGGAGAAGCUGCUAUGGGCAUCCUGGAAUGUAAAAAAUGUGCUAACUAGAGUUAAUUAGUAGUUUAAUGUCAUUAUAGUUGUAUAUGAUAUUGUAGUGUAAUGUCAUUGUUUAAAAUUAGUGAUAGUGUUAUGAAAAUGUCAUAUUUUUAUACAAUGUUGUUACGAGUGAAUAAUUAUGUCAAAAUGUAGAAAUAAAAAUAUCACAAUGUCCAACCUUGUAAUUAUAAACAUGAUCAAUA